UCGUCGCUAUAUACAGGAUUUCUGGGAACAGACAGUUUUGAUGCAUUGUCCUCGCCACGAUGGCUGAACAUGUAUGGCUGAAAUAUUGACAAGUGAUAAGAUAAGUGGUGUUAACCGAGUCAUAGACAUUCAUUCAUUCAUUAUAAAGACUACCCUACUCACUAUCGUAGUCUGAUCUGAAAUAUACUGUGAUGUAUGAUUGAUUUGGUAGGUACUGAUAAUAGGGGAGUUACGAGUUGGAACUCUUUUGUCGUGAAAGGUAAAAGCAGUCGCACUGUGCCAUGUGACUUGUAAAAAUGUUAGGCAGCCUUUCUUGCCCAAGAAUUUACUGACCACCUCUCUCAGUUCUUUUCAUAAGGAACUUCAUAAGUUCACACAGGUUCAGACUAAUUUUCUCCAUCAUUCGUCUACUCUAAAUUACUUUUUAUGACACAUGUUAUAGUGAAUGUCAUCAAAAAUAGUGUGACAGGUUUUUUUUUUGUUUUGUUUUUUUGACAGUUCACAUGAUGCAGUUGGUCUUUUUUCUACCUUCAUCGAUAAAAGAGUACAAAGUUGAAACAUCCCUAUUGUAAUGAAAUAAAUGAUAGUGGUAGAAGUCAUUUAAAUGUAGUAACCACUUGUGUUAACAGGGUUUAUACUCCCAAUCCAAUCGUGCAUUAAAUCCAAAAAUAAAUUAUUCACAUUUUUCUUUGUAGCUGGAAGAUUUAGACCAUUACAUGGAAGUCCCUGAACAGAUCAUCUCUAUGAAAAGAAAAUGAAGGAACCAGUCAGAAGAGUCUUUCUUGUAACAUGCCUUCUUGUUCUUUGCCACGAAACAGCAGCGGAGAGAUUAGGUUGGGCUUAUGCGGAAGCUGACACUCAGUCGUGGCCGGAUGCGAGAUCAGGGGCAGCCAGCUGGGCAGACCAACAGGGGGGCUUCUGGCUGUUCGGAGGAUCUGGAUUAGGCGUAGGGGAUAAUCCAAUUCCCUUGAAUGACUUGUGGUAUUUCAGUCAGAUAGAAGAGCGCUGGAAUAUGUUGCAGCCUAGAGGAGUUAUUCCCCCUGGUCGUUACAUGGCCUCAGCCUGCGGGGUGUCAGACCUAAUGUUUGUGGUGUCAGGAGGCCUGGGUAUUGAUGGUUAUGGAUUUGACGACACCUGGGUGUACAGUAUAACAAACAACACCUGGUUACCACUGAAGAAUCAGACUCGCCCCUCAGCCCGUGGUGAAGGAGCUACAUGGUGCACAGACAGAUAUAUGUAUGUGUUUGGGGGGAUACACUUGGGUCAGCUACAGUCCGACCACUGGCAGUUUUCAUUAGAAGCUCUCACCUGGACACCAGUGACCACACCAGGUGAGGAGGCCAACCAGACUGACCACAACUCUGAGUCACCUUCAGAAAGAAACGCCGCUAUGACCUGGGUGUUCAAAGACUCGUUAUACAUGUUUGGUGGUAAUAUCAGCCAGUCAGAAGAACUUGUUUAUUCCUCUUGCCUGUGGAGCUACAGCAUGAGGAGCAGAAAGUGGCAGUUACUACAUGGAUUGGAUAACAACCAGUUACCUGUGUAUUACAAUUGCAGCUACGUGAAUUGUACCCCUGGUGGACGUACAGGUAGUGCCACCUGGGUUGACCCUCGUGGAUAUCUGUGGCUGUUUGGUGGGGAACGACUGAUGUGGAGUCGGAUGUCAAAGUUGUCAGCGGUUUUCGUUGGAGAUACCUGGGUGUAUGAUACCACUAAAAAUCGCUGGUUUUGGAUUGCCGGUAAAAAUUCUGAGGAGAAGGCCAGAAGUGUAGCUGCUCCCGAGGUUUCCGGCUUUCAUUUCACCCCAGGAGCGAGGUAUGGUAGUACAGCUUGGCACUCAGGGAACAGGUUCUAUCUCUUUGCUGGGGUCAUUCAUUCCAGCAUGAGUGCGUUGUUCAUGAAUGACCUGUGGUAUUUUCAGGUAUUUGGAGAUCAGCAUUUUACACUGGGCAAUGUAAUGCUGAUCCUGAUUGUCGCAGUUCUUCUGGUAAGUGUACUCAUAAUAGUGGCUCUCCUGGCCAGAAGAAAAGGGACAGAUAACUUUUCACAGUCCACAAAAUACUCCCUUCUCAUGGAGACUACAUCCUUUGAUGCUUCAUGUAAUUAGCGAGAAAUGUGUACCGUCUUUGACUGUUAGACCCAUGGUUUUAAGUAGCUUCUAAGCGUGCGCCUCGAAGUCGGGAGGCUGAAGUUCAAACCCAGGCUCAUACCAAAGGCUGUAAAAAAUGGUACUUGCUGCUGCCUCGCUUGGCGCUCAGCACUGAGAGGUUAGAGCAAGGAAACAUGACUUGGUUGGGUGUCAUGUCUGGUGUCUUCGGCAGGAUACUUCAGUGGAGGCAGCACUUGGGCAGCUUAAACUCGCUGCCACAGGAAGACACAAUAUAAGUAGAUGCAUGUGAUGACUGGUCAUCGUCAUAAGACUGAAAAAGUUUUAAGUACGACAUUAAACCCCUAGCAUACAUACAUACAUGUGUUUCUAUAUAUACAUGUGUUUCUGAUGAUGAUUAAAGUUACACCCAUGUUUCAGGAUUUUGUGUAUCUUCCAAUAGCACCUAUGUUGAGGUAGCAGCAUAAUAUUACAUAUCUCACAUAUAUGAUGGUUUUUAUUAUGCAAAGUUUUAUCAUACCCUAAUUGCUGUAUGGAUUAUAAAUUGCCUGUUAAGGUUGAUAUCCUCAGGUGUAAAACUACAUGCUGUUAAUGACCUGUUAAUGUUAAUGACCAUGAACUUAUGGAACGGGUUUAUCAGGAUGGUGAUAGUAUUUACCUUGAUUCCACCAGACAUGUCUUUGAAUCCAGCUAACACAUGCGUGUUAAUUGCCAAUUGUUUGAAUAAUGUAUAAGUAUAAAGUGUAAUUAUCCCUACCUUUUUUGGUAUUGGGCUGUAUGUCCAUUUUUGAACAAAAUUAAGGCUGUUUAUGUUCAGUGAUAGGCUUUGACAGCUAUUAUUUUGAGGGCACAGACCAACAGGGAAUAUGUAUGGUUUUUACAUGAAUGAUGCUUCCUAUCCAUAAUGUUGCCUUUUCAGUCUAUUCACUUUUUAUUUGUACAAUGUGUGUAUUGCCCAUUAUGUGAAGCGAUAUAUUUCAAUUAUACCUCAUUGGUUAUGUCAUCAUAUCCGCCCAUUUUAUCUGUCAAAACAAAGGAACAGUGUAUAUUGAGUUAGCUAAUGUACAGUGAUAAGAUUUUUUAUGUUAGGGAUUUGUUGAUGGAAAUACGAACUGUUGAUCAAAAAAUAAUUAUAUGUAUGUAGAAAAUUUGGUCCAGAUUUUCCAUCAAUAUCUUUGUUCAAUUAUAUUUGAUUAUCUAUCAUUAUCAAUGUUCAUUUACAUUUGAUUUUCAUUGUUCAGUUAUAUUUGAUUGUCUAUCGGUAUGUUUGUGUAGUUAUAUCUUAUUAUCUAUCAAUAUCUUUGCUCAC